AUGUACGAGCCCCAGUACAAGGAGACCCACACGUACCUGGCCAGGUUUAAGCAGUGUCUGUGCAGGGCUCUCACUUUGAUCAAGACCCAUGUAGUCAACCUACUGCAGAGCGCUACACAACAUGUUUUACCCAAAAAGGAUGGUCCUCCUCAGAGUGAGAAUGCUUUCACUCUAUUUUAUGGCAAGUUUCGCACCAAUGCUCCCAGAGUCAAGUCCCUGAUGGAACAGAUUGAGCAAAGAAUUGACAAGAGUCCAGAAUAUUCCCAGAUGCUGACCGACUGCCACCAGUGUUAUUUCCAGCAAAGACUGACACUUCUUGGUCCCAGUGUCAGCUCCGCACUUACGGACCUGUCCACUAAACAUGUCAGAGACCACUGUGCCCUGAUGCGCAGUGGAUGUGCUUUCAUGGUCCAUGUUUGUGAAGAUGAAUAUCAGCUGUUUUCUCAGUUCUUUACACAUCAUACUACAUUAUUAGACUCAAUGUUACUUGGGUUGUGCAAUCAGCUUUACGAUGUUCUUCGACCUCUCAUCAUACAUGUGAAUCAUCUAGAGACCUUAGCAGAACUCUGUAGCAUAAUGAAGGUUGAAAUGCUGGAGGAACAUGUACUGCAUAACCCCAAAGAGUUACAGGCAUUUGAGACAGUCUGCCUUCAGAUGCUUGAAGAUGUUCAGGAAAGACUAGUGUACAGAACUCAUAUCUACAUCCGUUCCGACAUCUUGAAUUAUCACCCUGCAGCUGGCGACUUGGCGUAUCCUGAAAAACUUGAAAUGAUGGAGAGCAUAGCAGAGAGCAUAAAGCAACAAAACCAGCAGCACACAAGGUCAGGCUCCAUUGGUUCCGUUUCCUCGAUUUCUUCCAACACGAGUCAAGAAGUUGCACAGAUUACGUCGCAUGCUGAGGAAAAUGGCGAACGGAAGAUCGAGGAGCCAGUGGCUGUGCCAGCAGUGCCUGUAGAGAAUGGAGGCCUUGCGGUACUACCGUUGAACCCGAACAUGCCAGGAUAUUUUGGUUUGGCAGCUCAUGCAUUUUUAAUGGACUAUUAUGCUGGAAAGCCAUUCAUAGGCAGCAAUAUGCCCAUGUCCCCUGCAGACCUCCAUGGCAUGUGGUACCCCACAGUGAGGAGAACUCUGGUCUGUCUGUCCAAGCUGUUCAGGUGUGUCGACAGGACAACAUUCCAAGGACUCUCUCAGGAGGCCCUGUCUAUGUGCAUACAGUCCCUGGUAGAGGCAACAGACAGCAUUAAAAAAAGAAAAAAUUCAGAGGUAGAUGGUGAGCUUUUUCUAAUCAAACACCUGCUGAUUCUACGAGAACAGAUUGCACCAUUCCACAUCGACUUUGCAGUACGGGAGACAGCUUUAGACUUCAGUAAACUCAAAGAUGCUGCCUAUGGUUUGAUGCAUCAUAAAUCGAUGAUGUUUGCUCUGAACAGAAACAAUGCUUUCCUGCAAUUUCUGCUUGAAGGAUCUCCACAAGUCACUGAACAUUUCUUGGACUCAAAGCGUGAAGUGGACACACAGCUAAAGAAAAGUUGCGAGGAUUUCAUACGCUAUGUGUCAGACACAGUGGCAGGCCCACUGCACUCUUUUCUCACCAAGGCUGAGGUGAUAGUAAAACAUGGCCAAGGGGACACUGGGCAGAAGAUUUCUCUAAGACAACAGCCUUUUGCCGGCCCUGAGAAAGUCCACGAAGCAGUGACACAGACCUACAAACACCUGAAACAGAAAAUACCAAGUAUACAGAAAAGCAUGAUGCUCUAUCUGGCCAAUAGAGACACAGAACACAUUCUCUUUAAACCAAUCAAAGUCAAUAUCCAGCAUGCUUUCCAGCAGCUUCACACAAUUCUCAGUGAGAACUAUUCAGAAGAAGAUCAACAGAUCAUUGGAUGUCCUUCACUUGAUCAGGUGAGUAUGAGUUUUCUUUAUAGGAAUCGUUUUUAA